CUAGAGAACAUGCCCUUGCGAAGUUCUAGCAAGUUGAGCAUGGAGACCAGAAGAGAAGAUGGUGAGAGCACAGCACCUGCCCCUCCGCAGAAGAAGCUGUCCUGCCAGUGCCACCACCACUGUCCUGAGGACUCAGUCAACAGCACCUGCAGCACUGAUGGCUACUGCUUCACCAUAAUAGAAGAAGAUGAGUCUGGUGGACAUCUAGUCACCAAGGGAUGUCUUGGAUUAGAAGGCUCGGACUUCCAGUGUCGGGACACUCCUAUUCCACACCAAAGAAGAUCUAUUGAAUGUUGCACAGGCCAAGAUUACUGUAACAAACACCUUCACCCCACGCUGCCACCACUGAAAAAUCGAGACUUUGCUGAAGGGAACAUUCACCAUAAGGCCCUGCUGAUCUCAGUGACUGUUUGCAGUAUACUUCUGGUGCUUAUCAUCAUAUUCUGCUAUUUCAGAUACAAACGCCAAGAGACGAGGCCCCGCUACAGCAUCGGGCUGGAGCAGGAUGAGACCUACAUUCCCCCUGGAGAGUCCCUGAAGGAUUUGAUCGAGCAGUCCCAGAGCUCAGGGAGCGGCUCCGGGCUCCCUCUCCUGGUUCAAAGGACCAUCGCAAAACAGAUUCAGAUGGUAAAGCAGAUCGGAAAAGGUCGCUAUGGAGAAGUCUGGAUGGGAAAGUGGCGUGGUGAAAAGGUAGCCGUGAAAGUGUUUUUUACCACAGAGGAGGCCAGCUGGUUCAGAGAAACAGAAAUCUACCAGACUGUCCUGAUGAGGCAUGAAAAUAUUCUCGGAUUCAUCGCCGCAGACAUUAAAGGUACAGGAUCUUGGACCCAGCUGUAUCUCAUCACCGACUAUCAUGAGAAUGGCUCGCUUUAUGAUUAUCUAAAAUCUACUACCUUGGACACAAAAGCCAUGCUAAAGCUGGCUUACUCCUCUGUUAGUGGCUUGUGCCACCUGCACACGGAGAUCUUCAGUACUCAGGGCAAACCCGCUAUUGCCCACCGUGACCUGAAAAGUAAGAAUAUCCUGGUGAAAAAGAAUGGCACCUGUUGUAUAGCAGAUUUGGGUUUGGCUGUAAAAUUUAUCAGUGACACAAACGAGGUAGACAUACCUCCAAAUACCCGUGUAGGAACAAAACGCUAUAUGCCUCCUGAGGUGCUGGACGAAAGCUUGAAUAGAAAUCACUUUCAGUCGUACAUCAUGGCUGAUAUGUACAGUUUUGGACUCAUCCUUUGGGAGAUAGCAAGGAGAUGUGUUUCAGGAGGAAUAGUUGAGGAAUACCAACUUCCAUACCACGACCUCGUGCCCAGCGACCCCUCGUACGAGGACAUGCGGGAGAUUGUGUGCAUCAAGAGGCUACGCCCUUCCUUUCCCAACAGAUGGAGCAGCGAUGAGUGCCUACGGCAGAUGGGGAAGCUGAUGAUGGAGUGCUGGGCUCACAACCCAGCCUCUCGGCUCACAGCCCUGCGGGUCAAGAAGACACUUGCCAAAAUGUCAGAGUCGCAGGACAUUAAGCUCUGACGUGGCCAGAGGCAGCUCUGGUGAAGGCCCAUGGAAACGGACUUUCUCGUGCAGGCAGAGGUCCUGGAGAGGUAUUCACAGUCUUUGCUAAUAAAUACCUUGAAUGCAGUCGUGCUUAAGAGCACCCGUAAGUUUGUUUUGACACCUUUUGAGGAGACCAUCCUUUGCAAAAGUCAGUUGAAUUUUGACAUACAAGAUUGGAAGAGGCUUUUCUGCCCUUGUUUACACGGGGAAAUACAGUUUUCGUAACUGGUUUAAGAUUAUGCAUGUUGCUUUCCAUGAAAGCCACUUAUUAUUUUAUUAUUAUUAUUGUUAUUAUUAUUAUUUUGAUUGUUUAAAAAGAUACUGCUUUAAAUUUUAUGAAAAUAAAACUUUUGGUUAGAAGUAAAAAAGAUGUAUAUUGUUACAUUAAAAAAAAAUUGGAGGAAACUGUUCUGAAAAUUAAAGCAAAGCGACUUUUUCAUUUACAAAGAGACUAUUGCACUCCAGCAUUUAAAAAAACAGGAGAGUGGGUCUGUGCAGCUGAGGAGCUCUAAUGGAAGCCGUCUUAGAAGCUGCUUACCUGGAGAAAUUACUUUCGGUAGCUCUGCAUGUGCAAGCGGUUCUUACAGUAUAGAGACGGAGCCUGAUGACGUCCCUGCCACCCUUAGCACAGGUAUUUGGGGUCCUGUGGGGGUCCUGUCCCAGGGGAGGUUGUGCUUUCUUUAAGAUAAUCAGGAGCCUUAUGAAUAUGCUUCAGUGUCACUUGUUUUGAAGGAGCAAUUAAUGUUUCCAGGAAAUCUGAUGGGUAUGAUGGUACCAGGACGAUAAACAAAUCCCCCUUUUCUCAGCUUUUUUUUUCUUUCUUUCUUUCUUUCCCCACACUGCAAAAUAAAGCUUUUUGUGUGUGAGUGGAAAUGAAGUACACAUUUGGAUCCGCUGGUGAAUUUGAAACUGCUGUGACCUACAUACACAACCACUGUGAAAAAAAAAAUAUUAUCAAUUUACUCUUUCAUCUACGUAAAAGUGAGGUAUCCACCUACAACCACAGUUGGAAAAAAAAAUAAUAAUCUGUGUUCUCUUCCUUAAGGGAAUGUGAAAAACCUCAAAGAUUCUCAUUUUUGGGGUGGCAGUCAUUGUUCUUGAAGGAGACACGGUGCCUCGUGGCCGCAGUAGGAAGCCGAGAGGGAAGGAGCGUGGAACUUGGGUGGGUGAUGAGAGCUGGGCACCCAUGGCAGUGACAGGUUCUGCUGCCACGGUGGGGCUGUGUAGCAUCGUGAUUUCCAGCAAGAAAGACUUUCAGGGGAGAAGAGGGAUGGGAAACCUACCAUCUUCCCCUGUUCCUCCUUCCUGGGGCUGCAGCAGUUGCUGCAAUGUUAACACUCCAGAAGGGAAACGAGGUGAAGUAUUCCCCGUGAAGUGUUUUCUUUGGAAAGGUCUCUGUUCCUCAUGGGGUUAUCCAAGCUGAGCUGUAUGGGAGUUACCAUUUUACUCUUCUUUACCCUUCUUUUAUUUUAUUUUCUAAUUUUAUUUUAUUUUUUUGCCUGCCUGUGUCCUGUUUCAUUUAGAUAGCGUUCAGCUUAAUUUUGAAAUAAGUCCUUACAAAUGUGCUUUGAUUAUGCUAAGCCUAUUUCAUAACUGAAAUAAUUGCCGUGCUGGAAUUAGCCUCAGCAUUUCUGUAAUGCUUCUUUUUUUCCUUUUUGGACAAAACUGAUUUAUUUGUGGUAGGUAGAUAUAUAAUUGGGGUUUAGCUUCACAGCUCCCUGAAGGUGAUUCUAGUUGAAAAAAAUUACCAUUUUAUACUUUCAUGCUAACAGAGAAAAACGUGCAGGUUCCAGAGAACCAGCAAGACCUCCGUGAUUAUAGGUGUUAAAAAGUUUAAUCAGAGGAUUUUCGUUAAUUAGAGUGUUUUUUCCGCAGUGCAAUUUCCCUGCCUGUAACCAAAAGUAACUGAGCAAUACAAAAAAGAAAAUCUCUGGGAUUUAAUAGGAUGCUGAACCCUGGCCCCAAGAGGGACGAUGCUGAUUUCCCCUGUCCUUAAUAAGCAGUGCAUUGUGUGGCUGGGAGCGGAGUUGGCUCCUCUCCUCGGCUGCCUUGGCUUGAAGCUUUGUGACCCAAAAUGAGCAGAACAGCCCAGCCUCUCUUCACCUUCUAUCUUAGUGAACGGGGCCCUGGGGUUUCUACUCUCACUCCUUCACUCUACUUUCUAUUUUCACACCUUUGUGCCCUUUCGUAAGAAACAGCACAGCCCUGAGGAACUGGGGUUCCUUGGCUCCACCAAAGCAGGUGGGACUGGUGGCUUUGGCAAUCCCACCUCCGAGCCCACUGCCUGCAGCUCCCAGGUGAGUGGUGGCACAGCAGGGAUGCCUUUUCCCUGCCCUGUUUAGGUGUAUUCUAAGUCUGCUUUCCUAAAAGAGGUUUGGGGUUUUUUAACUAUUAUCAUGACUCUCCCCAGGAAUGUUUCAGAGGGUGCUUUGGCAGCUGGUGGUCUGAGGCACAUGAUGCCCCCCAGCACCUGCCAUCAGCAUGUCCCGAGAGAAAGGGCCAGUUGCUGGUUUUCUGAACAAGUCUUACUUUUCUUCGGUCCGAAAGAAAGGGAGCUGAGAUACUGGUUGAUAGGUUACAUAAAGUGUAUAUGUUAAAUGUUCAAGUUUAUGUGUUUAUAUAUAUAUAAAUAAAUAUAUAUAUAUUCAGUUAGGAGUCUGGGAUAACUCCAGUAUGUGGAUUAAGAGUAAACUAUUACGGAUGAUAAAGCACUAAAUAAAACAUAAUAUUUAUUUAUGAAAAUGCAUAAAUGACAAAUCACUGCAACGGUGCUAUAUAGGAAAAUAAAUAAAUAUAUAUAUAUAUAUGAGGAGACACACCUCUGAGAAAGCAAAGGGUUUGCAGUUGUGUAACUAGUGCCUGCCCAUUUUCUUUCAAGACUUGAAAAGCCAAAUUUUGCCCUCAAAUCUCCUACCCACUGCAAGGAAUGCUAUUGUAAAGGGAUAUUCCUAAGGCCAGAGAACAGCCUUAGGAAGUCUUGGAAGUUGUUUGUUCUAGCACUGUGACAUUCCCGCUAACACCGGCAUGGCUGACUUUAUGCAGCACUCAACAUGUCAUUAGUGUGGUUUCAGCAUGUACAGUGACAUUUAUUUUGCCAGGUGUGGCCUUUUAACGUCACUUCCAGAUUUUGGUAGUUGCCCAGUGUUGAUUAGGGUGUGGAAGUCGGUGGUGGAGAUAAUUGUGGCUUCAGUGCCCACAGGUGUGGAGAUCCAGUUUUCAAAUGUAAAUCCCUGAAGGAGGUUUAGUUUAGUACUCAUUGGCAUAGAUGAGAUGGCAUAGGUAAGUAGGAGGAAGAGGAAAAAAAAAUAUCAAAAAAUUAAGAGAGAUGCCAUCUAGCAACUGCUAUCCUUUCUUUAGCACAAAGUUAUUUCUAUUAAAGAAAAGGUUGACAAUGUAAAGACUAAGAAACAAAUUUGUGUUCUUUUUUGAGAACCAGUGCCUUAUUAAACCUGUAAAUACUGUAAUUAGAAAA